CUACACGUCCCGACGUCACGGUGCGGGCUCCGGUAAUUGUUGUGAAUAUGCAAUUGCGCUCCGGCGACUGGCUGCUGCUAAAUUUGGCUCCGACAGGGGCACAAGCUCCGGCAGCAGCUGAGGUGGUCGCUCCUUCCGAAUGUGGAUGUCAACAAUAACGGAGGCUGUAGGACAUUAACCGGUAGAUGCGUGACGGGGGGAGACGCCGUGGAGACACUCAGGCGUGGAGGUCACGAUGAGCCACAAGUCAAAGCUUUGAAGGGAGAAUUAGAGGAAAGCAGAGGGGAGAUUUUUUGAAAGCUUUGCGCGCACAGAAUAACGCGCAGGAGAUUUUGGAGAAGGGGCAACUCCUGCUUUGAGCAUCUCUCUGAAUGGACUUUGUUUUUUUUUAAAUACUGUCAUUGACCAGCCAAAGAUCCGAGGAUGUUUUCUCUUUUCACGGAACCUGAACGCAGCCUUCAAACCGGCCACUGACUGAGCUUUUACGCACGGCGAAAGAUCCGUGCUCCCGCGUUUUGUUCUCUUGUUUGCGUGGAUGAACUUUGCGAAACCUUCUUGAUGAUUCGAGAUCUGAGCAAGAUGUACCCCGUGGCACGGCAUCAGCCGGGGCAGCCGUUCAAGUUUACUGUCACCGAGUCCUGCGACCGGAUCAAGGAGGAGUUCCAGUUCCUGCAAGCCCAGUACCACAGUCUGAAACUGGAGUGUGAGAAACUGGCCAGUGAGAAAACGGAGAUGCAGAGACACUACGUCAUGUACUAUGAAAUGUCAUAUGGACUCAACAUCGAGAUGCACAAGCAGGCGGAGAUCGUCAAGCGGCUGAACGCGAUCUGUGCCCAAGUCAUCCCCUUCCUCUCUCAAGAGCACCAGCAGCAGGUGGUGCAGGCGGUGGAGAGGGCCAAGCAGGUCACCAUGGCUGAACUCAACGCCGUCAUAGGACAGCAGCAGCUCCAGGCUCAGCACCUGACUCACGGCCACGCCAUCCCCGUCCCACUUACGCCGCACCCCGCUGGCCUCCAGCCGCCCCUGCCCCCCGGGGCCAGCACUGCGAGCCUGCUGGCGCUCUCCUCCGCGCUGAGUCACCAGCUGCCACUCAAAGACGACAGGAAACACCACGACAGCAACAGUGAACACCCGAGAGACAGAGACUCAGUCAAGAGCUCGUCCGUGUCUCCCUCGGCCAGCUUCCGGACCGGAGAGAAGCACCGCAGCUCAAGCGAUUACUCCUCCGACAGCAAGAAGCAGAAGACCGACGACAAGGAGCUGACCUCCACGCGCUACGAAAGUGAUGGAGAGAAGAGCGACGACAACUUGGUCGUGGACGUCUCCAACGAGGACCCCGUGUCUCCUCGAGGAAGCCCCGCCCACUCUCCUCGGGAGAACGGACUGGACAAAACUCGCCUGCUGAAGAAGGACGCUCCCCUGAGUCCGUCCUCCAUCGCCUCCUCCAGCAGCACGCCGUCCUCCAAGUCCAAAGAGAUUAACGUGAAUGAGAAGUCCACAACUCCUGUGUCCAAGUCCAGCACCCCCACAUCACGCUCUGAUGCCCCAACACCCAGCAGCACCUCCACCCCCGGCCUGAGGUGUGCACCCACCAAACCAAUGGGUGUAGAGGCACUGGCUCCCGGUCUUCGUACGCCCCUGGCGGUGCCCUGCUCGUACCCCGGGCCGUUCGGAAUGGUUCCUCACCCGGGUAUGAACGGAGAGCUGAGCGGGGCGGCAGCAGCCUACACCGGCCUGCACAACAUCUCCCCACAGAUGAGCGCGGUGGCGGCCGCUGCGGUGGCAGCUUACGGGCGAACACAAGUGGUGGGAUUCGAUCCUCACCACCACAUACGUGUCCCUGGGCUUCCUCCCAACCUGUCGGGAAUUCCUGGUGGAAAACCGGCCUACUCCUUCCACGUGAGCGCUGACGGACAAAUGCAGCCUGUGCCUUUUCCUCCGGACGCACUGAUCGGCCCUGGCAUCCCGCGCCACGCACGGCAGAUCAAUACUCUCAGCCACGGGGAGGUGGUGUGCGCUGUCACCAUCAGUAACCCCACGCGUCACGUCUACACCGGCGGCAAGGGCUGCGUCAAGGUGUGGGACAUCAGUCACCCGGGCAACAAGACCCCUGUAUCCCAGCUGGACUGCCUUAACAGAGAUAACUACAUCCGCUCCUGUCGACUGCUUCCUGACGGGCGGACUCUCAUCGUCGGGGGCGAGGCGAGUACUCUGUCAAUCUGGGAUUUGGCCACACCAACUCCUCGGAUAAAGGCCGAGCUGACGUCGUCAGCGCCCGCGUGUUACGCUCUGGCCAUCAGCCCUGACUCCAAGGUCUGCUUCUCCUGCUGCUCCGAUGGAAACAUCGCUGUGUGGGAUCUUCACAACCAGACUCUGGUCAGGCAGUUCCAGGGCCACACUGACGGGGCCAGUUGUAUCGACAUCUCUAACGAUGGGACCAAACUGUGGACCGGCGGCCUGGACAACACGGUCCGGUCCUGGGACCUGAGAGAGGGACGGCAGCUGCAGCAGCAUGACUUCACCUCCCAGAUCUUCUCCCUGGGAUACUGUCCAACUGGCGAGUGGCUGGCAGUCGGGAUGGAGAACAGCAAUGUGGAGGUCCUGCAUGUCACCAAACCUGACAAGUACCAGCUCCACCUGCACGAAAGCUGCGUGCUCUCGCUCCGAUUUGCUCACUGCGGGAAGUGGUUUGUGAGCACAGGAAAAGACAAUCUGCUCAACGCUUGGAGAACUCCGUAUGGUGCCAGCAUAUUCCAGUCGAAGGAGUCGUCCUCUGUGCUGAGCUGCGACAUCUCCAUAGACGAUAAGUACAUCGUGACGGGCUCAGGAGAUAAGAAAGCGACAGUGUACGAGGUCAUCUACUGAGAGGGCUGCGGCCAUCAGACGACAAGGCCACUCCUCCAUCCAGACAGUCUGAGAUAUCUCCAUCACCGGUGUACAUUUUUUUUUAAAUGUGUAUAAAAUGGAUUUGGAUGGAACAAAAAAAGUCUUUCAUGGACCGUGACCUUUUGACCUCCUGGCAGGGUCGUGGAUCAGAAGGAACAAGCAGAACCAAGCACAGAGAUGUUGUUUUUAAAAAGUGUCUUUUUGUUGCUGUGAGAACGAGUGAAUGUCCACGUGCACUUAAUCUGGAUCAUAUACUGUGAGAUCACAUUCCUUUACGUCUCACUUUUAUGUAUAAGUAUGAGGUUUUUUUAAAAACAUGAAUACAAGCAGUUGUGACACACACGUCAUGCGGUAUUUUGUCUUCUGCCAAGGCUUAAAAAGUUAAGUUGCCGAACCAAACUCCAGAAUAUUUCCCAAGAAAACUUCUGAUUCUGCUUAAGUUAAUGGCACAAAUUUCGCAAAACUUAUCCUCUGCUUAUUUGCAUGUUGCACAGAUGAAGCGUUAAUUUGUGAGGAUGCUCCAAAGACAUCAUCAACUAAAUCUUGACAAGAAAGAUUAAUGGUUACAUUUUGAACUUAACUUUGAAUUCAGUUUGUGUCUGUUGCCUCUGACGUUUAUUUUCUGCCCAUGUUUCUUAAAUUUUUUUUUAUUUAUUGUGUGUGUAUGUGUGUUUGUUGUGACCCUUUGGGCAUUUGCCCUCAGUGCCCUCACCACAGACGGACCUUUGCACUUGGUUCUGCCCCUGAAGUUCAGCCUCCUCUGGCUUCUCUCUGGAUUCUGUCCCACAGAUUCCAGUGAAACCGUUUCGAGCGGCCGUUUCCUGCCCAGGUUUCCUGUCAAGACUUUUUGAACAUUUGUUUGAAAAGCAAGUGGUCCACAAUAUGGUUGUGAUUUCUCUUCUGUCGGCUUGUAGAAAUAACACAGUGCCUUUAUAAUGCUACGCUUCUGACUCCAUUUUGUCCUGCUGAGUGUUCACCUACACGAAGAGCCGAAACGUGAUGGACUCUGCUCGGGUGGUUUUUAACAAUUGUUGUUUUUGAGUGAACAAAAAUGAUCAUUGAUCAGUAAAGAAACAAAACCCUGGAUGAUCCAGUUCGGACCUGUCGUCCUUUUUGAAAUAACCAGAACCAACUUCUUUUUAGCCGUGUCCCAAUUCAGUGGCUGUAUCCUUUGGAGGAGUCUACUGGGCCUGCGAAGGCGAGACCUUCCUGAAAUGCAAUGGUUAAACCGAAAUGAGAUGGUUUGGUCUGUGGAGGAUUUUCUAUUUCCAUCAACAACUCGUCCCGCCCUUAACUUCGCAUCGUUAACUACUCUGCUCCUCCGCACUUACUGCAGCUCGGCCACCCACAUCGCUUGCUAGCUAGCUACACCACUGCCAGGCAAUUUAGUUUGGCCCAAUAAGGAUCCUCCAAUUGGAUCCUUUGUUGCUCUGGAAUUGAAGAAUUUCUCCGCCAUGUUUGAAGGAGUCUCUCAGAUGGGACAGCCUCGGCCCGAUUGUGCCGCUGUGACAAAAUUGCUCUUCAAAUGCAUCUUCUGAAGGAUGCGGCCCCCAAAUUGGGACACAGCUUUUCUUGUCUCUCCUGCUGUGCUGAACACAUGCGUGUGAAAUACACUAUUCAUGACCACUGCUGUGUCAGUCUGAUUGUUUGAAGCAUGGUGCUGUUAACAGGACGUUUUUUUUGGAGUUAUGUUAUUUCAUUGCUCUACUUUUUCUUCUGCUUUCAAACUUGAUUUCUGCUGCAGCAAAACUCUCAACUACAGGUAGACACACUGUAACUCCAAGAGCAAAGGAAAUCUGCUGUUAUUAGGAUCUUAAUCAAAUUCAUUACCACCCAAAACUAAUGUCAACUACCUUCAAUGUUAACUUAACCAGCAGAUUUUCUCACUAAACAUAAGUAUCUCGAGACCCAAUCCCCAAGUCUUACUCAUAUAUUCAAAUAUGUGCCUAAACCCAACCAAGUGUAUCAGCUUUAACUUACAUUUUUAGGCUCAUUACAAAACAGGAUCAAAUUAAGAAAUACAUUAAUCCAGAGUACAAGUUUUUCAGAGGAUCGAGUGUCCAAAGGAAUAAAAUUGAGAAUAUUAUAGCUCAUCUCAUGUACUGCAAGAUUUUUAUUGUAACACCAGAAAUAACUGUCUUAGAAAAGUUAAUUAUGAUGACAACCAUGACAAACAACAAAUAGAUUUACUGUCUGAAUGAAUGGGGGAAAAAAUCCAUUCUCAUUGCUAAUCUCCCUGAGACUUACUUACUUGAAUAUAAAUACAAGGAUUGGAAUAAAUAAAGUACGUCUUAAAGCUCAUUACAGAAAACCAAUGUACAUCAGAUCAGUUUUUAAAAGUCUUUAUUGCACUAGACACAAGAAAGUUGUUCGUUCAUCCGUUUGUUAAACUGUCUUCACAAUAUUGUUGCAGCCGUGACACAGACAUAAUCUGCACUGAAGAGAUGUUUCCGUACGUUUACUCAGUUUUAUGGGACAUGACACAUACAGUAUGUACAAGUAUGCACAGUAUGUCACAUGAUUAAAGAAAAUUACUGAUAGUUACUGCACUGGUGUGAAUGUAAAUGUACAUUUUACAGUGUAGUCUAAUGGGGUUUGCUUCACGAGAGACCGUAUGAAAGUUAAUUCACUGUUAUAACUGACAUUCUUGUGAUUUGCUUUUACGACAGAAACUGUAAAUUCAAAAAUAUUGCUGGUGAUUGUUGUUUCUUGGCCUUAUGUUGUUCUUUCUUUCUUUCCUGAAACACUUCAGUUUUUCCACAGUCAGCUAUGCUUUCAAAAUAAAACAAUUCAUUCCCUUUCUCUGUCAAGGACGUCUGGGCUGUGAACAAGUCGUAACAUCUGGUGCCACCGUCAGGAACUGUAUCUAACUCUCUGAAACGUUUGUCCCCGUUAAUAAUAUAAAAAUAUAAAAAUGGAUUUUGGUUGUACUCAUUCGAACCUGAAUGUUACUCGUCGUCAUCUGAUCGUUAGCUGGCUAACACGACCUGUCACAGAGAACAUAUGAAUAAUGUGUGGAGCGUUUAGCUCGAUGGGACUCAUGAAGGUUAUAAAUAUACUGUAAACAUGUAAUAAUUCAAGCUUACGGUGAAACUUCCUGUUGCUAGUUCAGUUUUUUUUUCUUCAAUUACAAAAUGCCUUUGCUCUCUUUUUCUAGUCUGUGGUUGAUUUAUUAAAUUAUUGUGUGGACUA